AUGGCAUACAGUAUCCCCCUCGUUGUCUACGUGGUCGUGCAGUUCGUGGCGCUCCUUCUGGUGCUGGUGGGCACGCCGGUGGACAUGUUUCGCAUGCCGAGUACAGGGUUUGAUACAUCUUGCAUCACCCUGUGGGGGGAGAGGUUCACAUGCACCUCGUCAGGAUAUUUUUCCUACAUCGAUGAAACGUUCCAUAACUGCCCUCAGCGUCUCACCCAUUUCCGCAUUGCGCAGGCGUUCGCCAUCAUCUCCAUCUUUGUUUACUUCGCGGCCUUUGUCAUGGGCUUAGUUUUGCUGUACGGCUGCACUAUUCACCGCUGGGUUUGCCUGGCGCUGAACAUCGUUGGCGCGGUCACCUUGUUCAUUGUGUGGGCGGCCAUGGUGGUGACAUACAACAAGGGAGAGAGUCCCCGUUGCCCUCCUCUCAAGGAGGUCAGCUAUUAUGCUGCCGGGUUCGUUCUCUUCCUGCUGGCCUGGAUACUGGAUAUCCUCAACAUGAUCAUCCUGCUGCUCCCGUGCACGGUCCCGGCCACUAAAGCGAACGAGAAGCCGGAGUCGCCGACAGCGCAAGAGUAG